AUGAAAUAUUUAGACAAUAUUUCUAAUAAAUCAUGGUUAAUUGUAACUCAAAGUUGUUUGGGUGGAUUAGUAUUUGGGUAUGCUACUGGUAUUAUUGUUGGUACAUUGGACCCAAUUGCAAUUAAAUUUAAUACAUCAACAGUAAUAAAAGGAGUAAUUGUUUGUAGUAUUUUAGUUGGUGCUUUAAUUGGAUCAUUUGCAGGUGGAUUUGCUGCAAAUAAAUUUGGUAGAAAACCAUUAUUACUAUUUACUGCUUUAACAUGUAUUUGUGGUGCAAUUGGAUCAGGUUUAGGUGAAAAUGUCGCAACUAUUUGUAUUUUAAGAUUUAUCCAUGGUUUAGGUGUUGGCUCUUCAUCAAGUGUUUGCCCAUUAAUGGUUGCCGAAAUGGUACCAAUUAAAAGAAGAGGAAUAUUUGGUUCAUUUUUUCAAAUAUCAAUUACAGUUGGUAUUUUAAUUGCAAAUAUUUUAGCAUAUGUUAUUAAAGGUAAUUGGAGAUUAAUGUUUUGCUUGGGAUCAAUUCCAGGAGGUUUAUUGUUUUUUGUUUGGUUUGUAAUUGCAGAAUCUCCUGUUUUUCUUGCAAAGAAAUCAGCAAAAACAACAACAACAACAAAUCAAGAAAGCAAUGAAAACCAAAUUGAAACUCAACCACAAAAUAACCAAGGUACUAAAUUUACAAUUAUUUUUUCAAAAAAAAUGAGAAAACCAAUGUUAGUUGGUGUAUUAUUAGCAACUUUGGCUCAAUUAACUGGUAUAAAUGCAUUUAUGUAUUUUUCAAAUACAAUUUUUAAAGAUGCAGGAAUUAAUAAUCCAGAGAUUGCAUCAGUUGCAUUACAAGUAUGGAAUGUAUUAACAACAUUAAUUGCUAUAUUUUUAGUUGAUAAACUUGGAAGAAGAGUUUUACUUUUUACUGGAUCAAUUGUAAUGACAACUUGUGAUUUAUUAAUAGCUUUGUUCUUUGUUGUAUUAACUGGUAGUGCAAAAGGAUGGUCUUCAAUUGUAUUUUUAUUUAUUUUCGUUGGUGCAUUUGAAGCAUCAAUUGGAACAUUGUUUUGGUUUGUUAUAAAUGAAAUAUUACCAGAAGACAGUAAAAGUAUUGGUGCACCAGUAAUAAAUGCAUGUCAAUGGACUUUUAAUACAAUAUUAUCAUUCUUUUUCUUGGUAGUCGUAGAAUAUUUAGGUCAAUCAACAAUGUUUUGGAUUUUUGGUGGAAUUGGUGUAUUUUGUACAAUAUUUUUAUACUUUAAUUUACCAAAAUCAUUGGGAACUUCAAAAAAUACAACUGAAGAUAUUAGUAUUCCACAAGAUCAACUAGAACAAACAAUUGAAGAAUUAGAAAAUGAAAAAAAUAACGAAAUUAAUUCAAGUAAAUUACCACCUGCUCAAAUGCAAGCUUAA